AGACGUGUAGGGUAGUGUCGUUUGAGCUCGUGCACACAUGUGUGGCAGAAUACAUAUGAUGGAGAACUGUGGUACCGAAAUGGAGUUAGUAUGCCAGAAAUAAUACCUUUUAUCGUUACAUUGGGAAACAAAUGCAAAAGCGUUACGAAAAGUUCAAAUAAAUAUUUCAACGAGCAUAAACAUUUAUUUUCCUAGCUGAAAGGCUCGGAGUUGGCAGUGAUGAAUUCUUGGCGCUUGACUCUUCUAAUCAGAAUAUCGUAAUCAUAUCAGUCUCGAUUCAUAGGGGGCUGUUAUGUAGAGUUCCAUCAAGGCACGCUUAGGCCAAAGAUUUACCAUAAUUACGGACGAGAAGCCUCAAUCACUUCGCAUCUCAGAAAGAGAAGCCGAAGAGAUGUCACAGCAACGACCUGCUCUGCAGACGGCAGCAUCUCAAGAUGACAGCUCCGGGCACACUAGUGACACUACGCGGUCUGCGGUCCAAACUCAUGACAGCAGUCAGAGGCUGGAGGAUCUACUCACUGGCCUUGGCAAAAGUUUCCAAGAAACUGUUGAGAAGAUGAAAUGUAACGAAAUGAAAACCGACAAGCUCUCCAGCGAAGUUCACGAAAUUAAAGAAGAAGUUUCUACAAUUAAGAGUACACUGGACCAAGUUUUGAAGUUACUUCAAAGGAGCACCAUAAGUUCAUGUAGUGAAACAAACAGUGAAGUUCUAGCCUGCUCGUCAGAAAACUGUGAAGUUUUGGUUGAAAGAGACCAAGCAUCUGAUUCCUGUGCAGUUUUGAACUUCGAUACCUCGGCCGUGGUGCCUGAAUCGGACACAGAUACCUACGAACAAAAGCCAAUUGAUGUUGAUACAUUCUCGUUGAACGCAAUUUUCGAAAAUGCUAAUGAUGUGGAUAAUUCUACAAUUAUCAAACCUCCUCCAGAAGAGUUAUAUGAAGAUAUUGCUGCAGAUCAUGACAUGAAUUUAGCGAGCGUAUUCAACUCAGGUUCUGAAGAAGAAGACAUUGCAAGUAAAGAGAAAUCUACAGUAGUGUUCCGUCACCGUGAUACCAAGUUUGCUGGUCCAGUGGAACUCAAGCGCAGCGACCUUUCCUCAUUUAAAGUCUCCCGCAAAGUUUCACGUUCAUCAAAAGCGCAAAAGAAAGCUCAGAAAAACACGGGUGGAAAAUUCAAAUGCAGCUCUGAUUCAAAGAUUCUAAAGGAUGAUGACAGCACCAUCGUUAAAGAACACAUCCUCAGUAGUAAUGCUCCUUCCUCUGAAGGAGGAAAUUUGCCUGAACUUUCAACGGUCAGCACUUCCGAACCUGUGAACCUGAGCACCAUCACAAUGCAAGGAUGUGUUGAUGAAGACAAUAUCACCACAACGCCAGAUACUUCGAGUUUGACUGCAUGCACACACGACUCUUCCGACGUCAACAAGGCAACGGCAUCUGUAAAUCCUACAUUCCAUGACAAAUCUCAUGAUCCUUCUCCUCGGUUAGGGGCUAUUCCUAUCAGUCUGCUUCCACAAAGUGAAGUUAAUCGUUAUCGAAACGCUGCUCUUGUUCAGAAGCUCAUUCCUGACGCUCUUCUAACCUUGUUUCUAUGGAUCUGCCACGAUAAAGUUCAGAAUGACGACUACCUCAGUUAUGUGCUUGGAAAAUUAAAAAUAUCUACGAACGAUCUUAAAGGAAAACAUCAUGUCUCGGCUUCUGAACUGAAAACCCUUAAAGGCAAUGAUGCAUCAUCAUUCGAUAUUACUCUACAAGUUAAAUUGAUUAAACUUUUGACCGAUAUUGGGGACUGCCCCCAUACGACGAUUGAGGAGCACGUGGCCAGCACUCCUGAGUGCCUGUUGUGGAGAGUGAAAGAUUUCAGAAACGAAGUUAGCCACAAAAUUAAAACUUCGUCAACAAGUUCAGACGUUUUCGACGCAGCCAAGAAUGUUUUGAUUGAGCUAUUUUUCAUAAUUGGGUGCUCCAAAUUGAACGUUGAGAGAAAAAUAGUGGAUGAACAAAUAGAAAAAAUUGAAGCAGCAUUUGAAGGAAUAGCAAAUACAGAUCAUGAACGGAAAUGCAUUGAGAGACAGUAUGUUUUUAGGACCGAAGCAUUCAGUGAGAGUCAAUCCUACUGGAAAGAGUACUGCACAACAGAGGCUGUUCCUUUCGACGGAACAGUCGUUGACUCCGAAAGCAUCUUUCAUCCGAUGGAAUUAUACGUGGAAGAAAGAUCCUCAGGAAAUGUCAGUGCAUCCGCUAAAGAAUCCUACAGACAAAUUCUGAAACGUACGCGUCUGGAUGGAAGAAGAGCGACAAUCCUGAUUGGCGUUGGUGGUUCAGGAAAAAGUGUUGUCGUUAAGAACAUUGCCUUGCAGUUCCUAGAAAUCAUUGACGCAGAAGUGGAUUUUUUAAAUGAAAUUCACUUACUUCUCUUUCUUGAGUGCCGCGAUCGAAGCACGGAUUCCCUCGAAAAAGUUCUGCAAAAUAAUUUCCCAAUUUCUUGCCGCAAAAUCUCCAUUGAAAACGCCGUGGAUUGCUUCUGUUCAAUAGGCAGCCUAAUCAUUGUCGAUGGUUAUGAUGAAGUUAACGAAUCUUCUUCAGAAGUUAUCAAUCAAAUACUGCGACGUAUGAAGAGCAUGAGUUCAUGUCAAAUUCUCUUCACCACGCGCGAUCACAAAGCGGAACAGCUUAAAGGCUUACUUUCCUCUUAUGGAAUCAAGUUCUCUAAGUUCGAACUCGUUCCUUUGUCAGAGGAGGCAGAACAAUUGAAAUUCCUACAAAGAUAUGAAAUGCACUUGUCUGACGGUGAUCAUUCCUUUGAAAGAAUGACAGAGUCUUUCAAGAAACUACUUCCUGAUGUUAAGCAGUUUUUCGUUCAUCCUAUUAAUCUAGUGCUAUUCUACUCCCUAUACAAGCAUUCCUUUGAAACCAUCGCCAGUUUGGAAACGGUUAAUGACGUCAUCGAACAAAUGUUGAUCCUGUACGAGAAAUUCCUAGCACAAAAGCUUCUGGACAGACCCUUCGCUAACCAGGAGUGUUUUAUUCGCGAAGCCUUGGAAGAAAUUUAUCAGUUUGCGUUCGACUGCAUAUCGGAAAACAAAAUCAUGAUGUCAGAGGAAGACAUGCGUCCUGUUGAGCGCUGUCUGGUGAAGAAAUUCCGAGAUUGGGACCUUCUGAAGACUCUGGACAUCAAUGUCGUCAAGUCGGUUGUGUUCCUCACGAAGAAACUUCCAAGUCCUAAACCGCACCUUGUGUACCAGUUCUACCAUAAGGGUGUCCAGGAAAUCAUGGCUGCGAGGAUCUUCUUUAAAUCUAUGAAAAGCGAACCAGAUCUAGCCUUACAAACCUUGUUGAACAGAAGUUCCAUCAAAAAUAGAGAAACUUGGCAUGAAUUCAACAGGUACCAGAACGUCCUCCUCUUCGUUAUGUCGUAUCUCGCUCAGCCAUCCAACAUUGACAUUCUCAAACACCGGGAGCCGGAACUGCGUAGCAUAUUUUCAUCAAUUGGUGUGGACAUGAAGUACAACUCUGAAAUAGUGCUCACGAAGCCACAUUGCGAGGCUCUUGUUUCACUAUCAAUAACUAUGAUGAAAAACUUGUCCCUCUGGAUUACGAGAAGCCAUCGGGAAUACCAAGCCGCGUUUGUGAUGUUAAAAAGUUUCCAGCCCGAGUCUCUACAUAUCGACUAUCGGCAAGAUGGCGACCUGCCCUCGUCCCUCAAAGAUCUUCUGCGGCUCAUUAAGCACAAAUUUGAGGGCACGCUCCAGCUCUUCUUCAGCUCCAGUUUCAAUAAUUUUACUCCUCUUGAUUCCGUCGUCCAGGAAAUGGUGCCGUUCAGUGGUGCGUGUUCAGUACAAGCCACCAAGUCCAUCAUCAGCGGCCUGUCCUCUGCCAAUGGCCUCCCCAAGACUGUCCAUCUCCUCAACCGGCGACGGUGCAGGCUUGCUGAGGCUCAUAACGACCCUGGCGCCUCGCGAUCUCAGGUGUGGACAUGA